GCAGAUAUGCCCUUCUUCGUCGCACUUUAAGACGCAUCGGACUCCAGUUUUCCACCCUGUUUCGUCAUUUGCGUGCCUCCGUUGCUUCACAUCAUAACUCGCCAGCAUCUACCUCAGCAUCAUCGGCCUCUUCGAAUCAAAAGCUGCUCCCUCUCUCGAUGCGCUUAGAUACUCUGCGAGCCCUCAAACGAAGAACCAUACACGAGAAUACUGCAUCUCAAGUUCUUCGACGUUAUACUGCUUGGAACUCUUCUUCUAGCGUGGGUAAUCUGGCCACCAACGGGCUUCCACAUCACUGGUGGUGUAGAGGCGCGUCUACCAAGAUGACUUGAACACCCUCAUUACAUGGACGACCUCUCUCCGCCUCGAUAUCGACCCAGUCCUUCCCAGGCGCAUCAGACAGCUUUGUCCAACAUGUCAUCCAAUAACCCACAUACUUCCGCAUCCCCAUCUCUUAUGGUGUCCUCGGCCGGCCGAAGGAGCCGUCGUGCUUCAGUUAACUCGAUCUCUGCCGCAUCACACAUAGAUAGGGAACAGCUCGCCCAGACCUUGGACAAGAUUCAUUCCUCAGCUGCUCAGACCGACUCUUUGACAACGUUUAAGGACCUGUCACCGCCCCCGCCGAGCUCUCUCCCCGCUAGUGAGAGUAAAGGCCUAGCUGGCGACCUUGUUCAGGGUGGCUUCAGCGGCCUGUAUAACCGGAUUCGAGAGGCAGUGGGUGUCGCCGCACCCUCAAAGGCCCAGGAGACGCAACAGAAUAACGAUGAACAUGGACGCACAAAUGUACAAGGGGCCUCCAAACCGUCCACGGCGGCGUCGUUGUCGCGUGGCGAGGCGGGGGAUUCUGCCACUGUCGUCUCGGACGGCCAUAGUCCGACUCAUCCGCCGCAGUCUUCCAGGGCGUCAACAUCUACGGUGUCUGCUUUAACCGCCUCCCGAGCGGCAGGGUCAAACCGCCAAAGCCUGCAACCGAUGGUACCAAAAGCCGCACCGACAGUGGCCGUCACCUCCGACCUGGCACCUCCAGCGAUGCAUCGAAACUCCAACCAAAGCCUCCCGCGCUCCGAAGAUUCGUCAAGCCGCCGAUCAUCCGUCAGGGAAAGCGUCGGAGCCAACGACCCCCGUUCUGCCGUGGCCGUAUCGGGAGAUGCGAACAUUCACGAAACGCGAGAUUCCGACCUUGCUUCGGAUCGGAGACUGAGCGCUUCCCGGUCACGACGAGGUGAUGGCGCGAGCCUCCAUGGUAGCACCGAUGUGCCUCUCAGUCCGGCGAAGGAUGGCACACCUUCCCUACCCCAUCUACAGACCGACCUGGCGCAAAGACACGCGCGCACGCCUUCGGUUGUCUCCGGCAGUUCCUCCCUCUUCGCCGCUCGGCACCCCCCUGCAAUCGAUCGUCUGAGCAGAUCACGGUCCCCGGCCUAUCCUCACUCCAGGAAUUCUUCUACCGAUCGCCACACGGUCGAAAUGAGCCCUAUCAACGCCUCGUCUCAAACCCCCAUAUAUCACGAUUCGUAUUUCUACGAUGCUCAGUUUCACCAGAUGAGAUCUGGCGUCAUGUCCAUCCCCGACACGAUCCAAGACGGAAUGACGCCCGAAGAGCCGAAUCGCAAUUUGGAGGAUCUGCGGAAGAAAAUCCUGAGCAAGGAGUUCUGGAUGGCCGAUGAAACCUGCAAGGAAUGCUUCUCUUGCGGCCAGCCAUUCUCGACUUUCAGGAGAAAGCACCACUGUCGCGUGUGCGGCUUCAUCUUCGAUUCGAAAUGCACCUCCAUCAUCCCCGCCCAAAUGUUCGGCAUGUCGGGCACCCUGAGGCUCUGUAAGCCCUGCCUGAAAGUCAUCAACCAGCGGGCCGAGGGGAUCGCCUCAGACGAUUCUGAGGAUGACUCUUUCUUGCCUGCCAUAUUCAGACCCAACCAGUCCAAAGCGCCCCCCAAGGUCACCGAGACGAAUGCGAAAGGCGAGGAGAUUAGCUACGUAGGGCGCAUAGAGGAUCUGGAUGGUGCAAGGUCCGUCUCGACCCCAAUGAUGGCUAUUCCGGCGACUCGGCGGAUCGACGAUUCCAACAGAAGGUCGGCUAUUCUGGAGAUCGACGCCCCGGAACUUAGCCGGCCGAGCUCGUCCCGUUCUCUCAAGUCCAUGACCACGGGACGGCCCCAUUCCGCUGGCCCCGGUCACAGGAGGCAUCACUCGAAACACAACUUUUGGUCCAAGUUCAAACCGAACCCCGACGACAGUGCGCCCUUCCGGAAAGACAUAAACGAAGAGAUGGCCCUCAAGCCGCGAUACACUGCCUUUCACGACGACAAUAUUAUUGACCCGGACUUGGCCGCGUACAUGUCUGACGAAUCCAGCGGUGAUGAGCAGAUGAGCAUCUCCGCCACCAUGGCAACGAGUGACUUGCAACCGUCGAGCUUCGAUCGCGACAAGAGCAAUUUCGGUCCCUUCGCUGGUGCCGCUAGGAAGCUUCGUCUGCGCGGUAUGGACGAAGCCCUGCCGGGUAGCCCCCUCGUUCAUGCCCGGCCUGGGCGAAGACGAAAUCUGAGCAACGUUGGUGGGAAUAAUAUCCAUCACAUGCGCUCCCCCAGGCCCCGCUCUGGCGUGUUCAAGGGGUUCUCUGUGUCCAGCGACGGCAUCUUUCAGCCGGAUGGCGGUACGGCGGUCGAGGCCACCAAGCUGACGCGAAGCGACUCGAUGCUGGAGAAUAAGGAGCCGCAAAUCGAGCUCAACUUGUCCAGCAUGCUGCAUGUGAAGAAGCUGCUUCACCAACUCCUGGAAGACUCCAGGAUACCGAAUGCGCACGCGUGGGAAAAGGCCCUCGCCCCCAUACUGCUCCGGUGCACCGACGAUGUCGUGCCCGACAUCCGUGCCGGGGACGACAUGGACAUCCGACACUACGUUAAGCUGAAGAAAAUCCCCGGGGGCAAGCCGGGAGACACCUGCUACGUGUCGGGCGUCAUAUUCACCAAGAACCUGGCCCUCAAGAGCAUGCCCCGCCGAAUCCUCGACCCUCGCAUCGUGCUGGUAUCUUUUCCCAUCGAGUACCAGCGCCACCAGCAGCAGUUUAUGAGCUUGCAGCCCGUCAUCGACCAAGAGAAGGAGUUCUUACGGGUCGUCGUGAAUCGGAUCAUCAACCUGCGCCCGCAAGUCCUGCUCUGCGAGAAGAGCGUCUCCGGCGUUGCCUUGCAGUAUCUCUCCGAGGCCAACAUAGCCGUGGCGUACAAUGUGAAGCCGUCGGUCCUAUCGGCCGUGUCGAGAUGCGCCGAGGCAGAUAUCAUUUCUUCGCUCGACCGUCUGGCCCUGCAAACCCAGGUCGGCAGGGCGGCAGGGUUCGAGGUCAAGACCUUCGUCAACAAGAACUAUCCGGGCAAGAAGAAGACGUACAUUUUCCUCUCGGGAUGUGCGGAACAGCUCGGAUGCACCAUCGCCCUGCGCGGCGGCUCGACCGAGAUUCUGGCCCGGAUGAAGAGGAUAACCGAGUUCAUGGUGUAUGUUGUGUAUAAUCUCAAGUUGGAGACUUGCUUGAUGCGGGACGAGUUCAUCCGACUGCCCUCGGAGGAGGAGCUUGCAUCUUUGCAAUCGUCAGGGCCUCUACAGACCGAGGCCAGCCUGAGGUCCGUCGCCGCAGUUUCCGCCGCCGAACCCAGCCAGACGGGGGCGUCCGUCUCGCAACCCUCGCCUUCGGAACCCGAGCCUCCCUCGCAGACUAGUCUCGAUGUCUCGCAGAGCGGGACCACUGGCGGCCAUUCACCCGAGCAGCCGGAAGAUCAGCCCCCCGUCGAGUCUUCUUCGACAGUAUCCUCCCUCCACGGGCCCCACGCCGCCGGUGCUUCGGUCGAGACACCCGUUCCGGAGGACGUACCGAUGCCGACUUACUACAGCGACAUGGUGGCGAGAUAUGAGACCAAGAUCUUGUCCGCCUCUCCAUUUGUCAAGUUUGCGCCGCCGUAUCUCCUGAUGAAGGCGCGAGAGCAAGAGCGGAAGUUGGUGUAUCUCAAGCGCCUGCGAGACCAGGACGUCUUUGAGGAGCAGGCGGACCCGGAGAAGAGACCGCAACGGUUCCAGGUCAUCAAGCCCGAGAUGGUCCAUGCCAUCGGACAAAGGGCACCCCGGCAGAUUAUGGAAGUUCUCCACGCCGUCCACGACGCGGAGUACGACAAGGCGUUGCAUACCUAUCAGACCCAGACGAGACAGUGGGAGAACUACAUCCAGGGCAACAUCGACCUGUUCGAUCCGUACUCGCAUCAGAACAUCGUCGUCCUCUACUCGGUCAUCUGCACGGAAACCAAGAUCCCCUGCGCCGAACCUGGUCUCAUCGCCAUCUCAUUCUACGACGAACACGUCGAUGCCCAUGGCAGCAUGGACCCGGAUUGCACUCUGGGUCAGUACAUCGAGGACCUGUGUCUGGGCAAAGAUUCGAUCUGCAUGGCCAACGGCUGUGAUCGGACCAUGACGGAACAUCACCGGACAUAUGUGCACGACCGAGCUCGCAUCACCGUCUUCGCGGAGCCUGCCGCCACAGCUCCCAAGCACAUCACGGAGGACAUAACCAUGUGGAGCUACUGCAAGGUGUGCAAGAAGGAUUCCCCCACCAUGCCCAUGUCGGACAGCACUUGGAAGUACUCGUUCGGCAAAUACUUGGAGCUGCUCUUUUGGUGCAAGGGGCUCAGGCUGCACGAGAGUACGGGUUGCCCGCACGAUCAUCGGGAGCAGAUCAGACUCUUCCAGUUCCGCGACACGUGGAUUCGAAUUCACUACGACCCUAUCGACCUCCUCGAGAUCAUCGUUCCUCGUGCGAGGAUCACGUGGAAGGUGGACUAUGACCUCAGAUUGAAGAAUGAGAUGUUUACCAAGAUCGAGACGCGUUGGGUCCGGUUCAUGAGCUCUGUGAAAGUGAGGCUAAAGAGCAUCCGUAUCGACAGCGUCCUGCCGGAGAAGACGGAUGCUUGCAUGGCCGAAGUCGAGAGGCUCCUGAAGAAAGCCCAGGAAGACCAGGUGUCGUUGAUCCGCCAGCUGCAGGACACGUACGUCAACUCGAAGUACUACGAGGUGAUCCCCUUCAAUGCCAUCGUCAGGGAGAUGCUCGAGAAGGCCGGGGAAUGGGACGUCGCCUUCACGCAGUUUGAGGCCGACUUCCUGCCGGACAAGGACAUAAGACAGUUGACCAUGCUCCAACUCAAGAAGCUCUUCACGGACAACGAAUCGAAGGAUUCUCUUCCGACGACGGAGGGCAGCGCGUCGACGAUCGACACGGGGGACACGGACGAAAAAAUGGCUACGCAGCCAACGGAUUGGAGCAAUGCGAGCUUGGGCGGAAGCAGCGCCCCCUCGAGCAAGAGCGCCGAACAGGGCCAGGCGAAAGAAGACGACGUGGAGGUCGAGAAAACCUCGGCCGAGAGUACUUUGGAAAGGGUCGAGCCCCUGGACCUUGCUACGUCCGGUUCGCCGCCGAACAUUAGUCCGAGUCCCUUCGGACCGCCGGUCAAGGUCGAGGGGGUUGGUGACAAGGAAGGCCAAGGCAAAGCGGACGUGGCCGGCGAGGAGGCCUCGGCGGAUAGUCAAGCUCUCGUUCUCGCUUCCGCCGGCCGUCCCGUGGCCGAGGACGCUGCGGGUGCGGGUGCGGGGGAAAUGACCCUAUCCCAACGAAUCGAGCAACUACGGCGUCAGCACCUCCUGGAAGGCAGCAAGGAGUCAUCGCCUGCGCCUACACCUACACCUACACCGGGCCAGCAGCCGUCUCCCGCCCCCGAGACGCCAAGGCCGACGGUCCGUAGGGCGGGCCUAACCGUAUCACCGCCGAUGGUGCGGUCGGCGUCACAUCCUGUGAGGACUCUGCAAAAGCCGCACCCCAUCGACAAGGGCAUCGCGACCCGAAAUCUCAAGGCGGCGGGCCGUGAAGGCGGGGGCGAGGCUGCGGCGGCGGCGGUGGCGGUGGCAGAGGGGCCCCUCAGGGUGGAAAACAAGAGACUCUCGGAACGGCUCGGCCUCGGGGGCGGGAAAACGAAAACGCUGAGGAAAGCGCCGCCGCCGUCGUCUAUUCCCCGAUUAGUUCAGAAGAAGAAGGAGUCCAGGGUGUCGGCUAUCGCCAAGCACUUUGAACAGCUGAGUCGCGAGUUUGAGAAGGAGAGGAUGCGGGAGGAUCGCAAAAAGCGCGCCGCACGACAGCCUCGGGCCUUCCUCCCGCGAACGUCCACAAAUGCCAUUGUCGAGGUGUACGACGACGUGGACGAUGCUGUUCAAGAAGCAGGGCCGUCGGAUGACGAGCCCGCAGGCGUGGCAGCAGCGGCGGCAACACGCGGGACAGCGGGGGAAGAUGGCAGCAAGCUUGGGCCCCAUUCCCAGCCGCCAUCCGGGGCACAAACGGCUCCUGCGACGCCGGUGGCGGAGAUGCAGUCGCUGUCCCCGGAGGCCCAGGCAGCGGGCGAGCCGCUUACGGCCGUGGCAGAGGAGGAGGAGCAGGAGGAGGAGGUGCCAACGCAAACAGGGGCCGAGGGCGAGGGCGAGGGCGAGGGCGAGGCGGACGACGCGGGCACGGUCAACACCAGCCAGGGAAUCUUGUCUGACAACGAAGGCGGGGCGAGCGACCACGACGAUAUCCUGGAGGGCAUAUUACCGGACGCCGGGGAGCUGGCGGAUGCUCUGGAACCGAGCGGGGAGAUGGCACUGGACCUGGCCAAGCACCAGAAGAGGAGCUUGAUGAAGUUCCUGAGCAACUUUUGGGCCGAGCGUUCGGCGAGCUGCUGGCCCCUUCUCGACUACCCGGGGAAUCCCGGCGACCACAUCUUCAUCGACUCGGACGUGAUCGUGCGAGAGGACGAGCCCAGCUCGGUGAUUGCGUUUGCGCUGAACUCGGGCGACUACCAGUCCAAGCUGGCGGAGAUCCGACGGCAGUGGCAGAUUACGAUCCAGAAGAACCUAGAGGCGAACCACAACAACCACGCGGGGGGCGCUGGCGCUGGGGCUGGCGCUGGGGCAGCGAGCGACUCGAACAAGUCGGACACGGACACGGGGACGGGGACGGGGACGGGGACGGGGACGGGCGGGGAGCCGACGGUGGACGAGGCGGAGCUGGAGAAGAGCCUGCUGCGGUCGACGGGGACGCACCUCAAGUGCCAGUUCAAGGAAGGGACGGCGACGAUGCUGUGCAAGAUCUUUUUCGCGGAGCAGUUCGACGCGCUGCGGCGCAAGUGCGGGGCGGCGGACCGGAUCAUCGAGUCGCUGUCGCGGUGCCUCAAGUGGGACUCCAAGGGCGGGAAGACCAAGUCGGUGUUCCUCAAGACGCUGGACGACCGGCUGGUGCUCAAGGCGCUGUCGCCGGUGGAGACGUCGGCGUUUGUGCGGUUCGCGCCGGCGUACUUUGGGAUCAUGGCCGAGGCGCUGUUCCACGACCUGCCGUCGGUGAUUGCGAAGAUGCUGGGGUUCUUCCAGAUCAUCAUCAAGAACCCGGCGACGGGGGUGGAGAUGAAGCUGGACCUGCUGCUGAUGGAGAAUUUGUUCUACGACCGGUCGCCGAGCCGCAUCUUCGACCUCAAGGGGUCGAUGCGGAACCGGCGGAUCCAGUCGACGGGGGAGCAGAACGAGGUGCUGCUGGACGAGAACAUGGUGGAGUUCAUCUACGAGUCGCCGCUGUUCGCGCGGGAGCACUCGAAGAAGCUGCUGCGGGCGUCGGUGUGGAACGACACGCUGUUCCUGGCGCGGCAGAACGUGAUGGACUACUCGCUGAUGGUGGCGGUGGACGAGGGGCGGAGGGAGCUGGUGGUGGGGAUCAUCGACUGCAUCCGCACGUAUACGUGGGAUAAGAAGCUGGAGAGCUGGAUUAAGGAUAGGGGGUUCGCGGGCGGGGGCCGGAACCGACCGACUGUGACGAGUCCGAAGGAGUAUAAGAGUCGGUUCCGGGAGGCCAUGGCGAGGUACAUCCUCCAAUCGCCUAAUUGCUGGCAUCAGUUCCCUUCUCCUCACAUGUCCAACUCGUCUCGGCUACGAAUGGAAGAGGAGUAGAGAGAGACGACUCGAGGCCUUUGUGAAAGACGGAGGAAUGGCCUACAUUUUCAGGGGAGCGGAUAGGAUAUUACAACUAAUCAAGAUUAACUGGACUCGGGGGGAAGGCAACAAAGCUUUCUUGUGUAAUGCUAUAGAGCGGGAGUAUUAUAUUAUAUAUAUAUAGCUGGACAGCACGGUGUAGUUUGGUGUAACGGUUGCUUAACUUCUUAUGCCGAAACAGAUGGCAUCCUGGGUUAUUCUUGGGUUAUUCGGCCCUACGCUGCCGGCUCUGCCGAAUUCUAUAUAAUCAAAAAGAGUCGUGAUGGGUUGCAUA